AUGGAAGUCUCCUUUCUCGCCACCGCAAUGAAUCUGUUCAGUGAUCGAUCCCGACUCGAGGAUUUCGCUCGCCAGGUGGGUCAAAUACGCCGGAAACACGACGAACCUCAUGGUUUCAUUUUGGCUUCUGGAAUCGAAAGGAAACUAGCUCGCAAGAGCGGAGAUGAGCUGGGGAAUCCCAUGGCGGCAACAAAGAAACUGCGACGUAGCGAGAGCGAACAUAAGGAAGAUGCACUCGCUGAAUCAACUACUGAAAUACAAGCAGAUGAAUGUGCUAACCAUAUCGAAUUCAAGGAAAAGAAAUUCACUGGAGUCCUGUCGUUGCAGUGCGUGAUUUGCGUGAACGCGAGGGCGACCAUGGAGACGUUACCAUGCGGUCACCGGGUGGUUUGUCGUCGAUGUUUCGUGAAGACGAUUCAAGUGGCAGUGUCUCAACGCCUUUUGCCCCUUCGAUGCGUCAUCUGUCGAACGAAGGUCCUACGACUCACGCAGCAAAAUCAACAUUCCAACUCAGACUACUCCUGCCAAUGCCCCAAUUCUGCCUCCAUCUCAUCUGGCUUGUCUUCCGUGUCGUCGUGCAGCUGGUCGAGCGUGGGAUCCUCUUCCUCUUCCAUGGGGAAACCGAAACACGGAAAGAAGGCUCCUCAUUCCAAUCCCCUCCAAUCCAGCAAACGAUUCUCCUCGCGAUGUCAUCUCUCGCACGUGAGUUCCCCACGUGCCCGGUUCGAAACUUUAGACGAUCGCGUCGUGAUGGCCACGUUCGCUUGCACAAAUCCGGGACGAGGAGUUGGGAGGAAAGGGAGUUCUAGGUCUCCGUCUCCUCGAACGACGACGACGCCGACGCCGACGACGCCGCCACCGCCGGCGACGCCGACGACGAAAAGGACGACGAAGGCGAACAUUCCAGAUCCAGGUGAUGGGAGAAGUCCCGAUCUGGAAAAUCCUCCCUCCGCGGAAUUCCACAAUCUCCCUCCCAUAGUCCAGUUCCAAUUGGAAUACCGACGAGGAAGGGCCGAGGCUUACCGCUCCACCAGGAUCAGGGAACGACGAGACCAGAAUGUAAAGCCACUUUUAAGCAAGUUCCUCAGUCUUGCAAAGGUUUCACUCGUUCUGUCUUUGGGUAUACAGAUGCGCGGAAAACCUGGUAUCUCAAGUGGAAGGAAGGCGAGGAAGAAGCCAGGAACGAGCCCGGCCGAAGUCGGCGUCAACCCCAUCAUCACCUGCUUCAUCACAUGCAUCAUCCUCAUCGACUAUCGCUCGCGGCAGCGGCAGCAGCAAUAA